AUGUUGAUCAAAACCUUGGGCCUACUUCUCCUGUUUACGGGUCAGUCCUUCGGAGACUUGUCUCACUUCGGUAUUCCCAACUUUCCCACCAUACACAUCGGAGGAGGUGGCUCUGGCACUCGUCCCCAUAAGCACAAGGGCCAGUCGGAGUACGACUCAUAUCUGAAUAAGUAUUACAGUGAUUACUGGCAGCAGUACUACCAAGCCCAGGCAGCUUACUAUGCCUACUGGCCCUAUGGACCAUAUGGUGGCUAUCCACCUUAUGGACCGCCUCCCUAUGGACCGCCACCGACAACCAAAGCUCCCGACACAGACACAACAUCCACUGCGAUCCCAACCUCUACGGGUACACCAACCACUUCAACUGCUAUUCCAACAUCGACGGGUACACCAACCACUUCAACUGCUAUUCCAACAUCGACCGGAGACCCAACCACAUCGACCGCAGUUGCAACGCAACCCACAACGACACCAUCUCCAACGACCUCCACAGCUGUGGCUCCCCAAAACACGGACACCACCUCAACGGCAGUUGCGCCACAAGUUCGGGCUCAAACCACGCCUCUACCCUUCCAUCUUAUCAAUCCGGGUCGCAGGCAACCGCUUCCCAAUUAUGUCCUUCGAACGGAGGAGGGAGCACCUGCACCAGCCCCAGUAUAUAUCCCAUACGAUCAGUUCUACCAAGGAGACCAGCCAGGUAGAUACUUUCAGUUCGUGGGAAAGAAAUAG